UUUUCUCGUGGAAUAACUGAACGUAGGGUAUGGCCUUUCUUGGUAGAGAGGCGGCCGGCGAUAUCACGGAGAUGAGUUCUCUGGCGAUUGCCGGAGAAAAUUCGGCCGUGGGUUCAUCGAGUUCGUCCUGGCGUAUCAACGUGAGCGGUCUACAGUUGCCGGAGUGGACAAAACGGGAAGAUCAGACUUUGGUUUCUAGGGUAUUCGGUGCUUCUAUGGGAAAGAAAAGCAGAAUCGAGAAAUAUUAUAAUAAGCAGGAGAAGCUUCUGAAGGAUUUUACUGAAAUGGAAAGCUUUAUUGAGUUAGGCUGUCUAGAAGGCGCUCCAACAGAGGAUGAACUUGCUGCAUUGGCUCGACUUGAGAGGAUGGCAAUCAAUAUAUCAAACAUGGCUAAUCUUCUUCUUUUUAUAGCCAAAGUGUAUGCAUCAAUUUCAAGUAGGUCUCUAUCUGUGAUUGCUUCCACACUGGAUUCCUUGUUGGAUCUUCUCUCUGGAUUCAUUUUAUGGUUCACAUCACAUGCCAUGAAAAAGCCUAACCAGUAUAGGUAUCCAAUUGGCAAAAAGCGGAUGCAACCUGUGGGAAUUAUAGUUUUUGCUUCAGUUAUGGCUACUCUUGGUUUCCAAGUACUACUGGAGUCUGGUCAGAGACUUCUAGCAUCGUCCCACUCUUCACUGGAUAGUUCAAAGAUUAACUGGAUAAUUGGAAUCAUGACUUCCGUUACAGCUGUAAAAUUCGUGCUGAUGAUCUACUGCCGUAGCUUCAAAAACGAAAUUGUGAGAGCUUAUGCGCAAGAUCAUUUAUUUGAUGUCAUCACUAACUCCAUUGGUUUAGCUACUGCUGUACUAGCUAUUAAAGUUUGCUGGUGGAUCGAUCCUGUAGGAGCUAUUCUGAUAGCACUGUACACAAUGAGCACCUGGGCAAGAACGGUUCUUGAGAACGUUUGUUCAUUAGUCGGACGAAGUGCACCACCUGAUUACUUAGCAAAGCUAACUUACCUCAUUUGGAAUCAUCAUGAAGAGAUUAAGCACAUCGAUACGGUCCGAGCCUACACAUUUGGAUCACAUUAUUUCGUCGAGGUUGAUAUUGUUUUGCCUGGAAAUAUGCUUUUGAGCCAAGCUCAUGAUAUUGGUGAGAGUCUUCAAGAGAAGCUGGAGCUGCUGCCUGAAGUUGAAAGAGCUUUUGUGCAUGUGGACUUUGAGUUUACUCAUAGGCCUGAACAUAAGACUAAGGUUUGAGUAGGGUUAUUGUAACUUGUUAUGUUUUUUUUUUUUCUAGGGUAGAAAAACUGUUCAUGUAGCUAGUUUUAUCUAUCAAGUUAGAGAACUUAUAUAUAUUGUUAUUUUUAUAUUUUAAUCCUUGAUAAUGCUUAAAUUAGCAAAUCUUGUUA